AUGAAUUAGCUGCUGGAAAGUAAGUAAUUAGUGUUAUUAUAGGUUUGAUUUUGUAAUUCAUAAGAGAUGGAGAUGAAAAGCAGAGUGAACAAAUAAGUCGUUAAGUAAUGUAAAAGCAUCCUGUUAUAUACUUGUGUAAAUGUUCUGAGAUUUUGGAUGAAGUACUUAUUAAAUGUAUUUUAGAUGGCUGAAAUUAAUAGCGAAUAUAUUAGAAUACUUCGAUUAACUCUUUAAGUUGCUGGGUUAUUAAUUCGAACAGAAGAAGCCAAAUUAGCAGUCAUAUAAUGUACUUAAGUGUUAAAACGAAUUAUAAAUCGAAUUCUGAGUCAACCUUAAAUUUCAGAGGAGUUGAAUUAAUUGCUCACUGAUAUCCAUAUUAAAUUAAUGGAUGUUUUUGAUGAAUUGAUUAUCAAUCAUAUUUCUGAUUUUUUUGAAUCAGGACGUGUUCCUGAAAUAGUUAUUUUGAAGAUCAUUUAGUAGAUUUUCGAAUCAUAAAGUAAAGUUUUAAAUAAAUUUGUUUAGGUAAAGAAUACUUUAGAUAAUUUUCAUACGAAAUAUUAUAAAAGAUUUUGUCAUCUCUCUCUCUUGUGAAGACUGAUCAAUGUAGAUUAGAUUAUUGUUAAUUAUUAUAAUCCAUUUAUAAAACACUUAAUCAUUUUGAAGAGAAUUAAGUCUAAAUUAAUCAAGAAUAGGUUUAAAAUGUGAGUUGGCUUAUUUUUGACUAAAUCAUCAAAGAUUGGAUGUAAACAACCACUUAAGUUUAAGUGUUGUCUUUGGUUGGAUUUAUGAGUUAAUUUAUAUCUAGAGAGAGAUUAGAGCGAAGUUUAGAAAGAUUGACUUCAGUUUAUUUGAGUGUUUUGAAACAAAAAAGCAAUUAAUUAAGACCAUUAUUUGAAGGUUUUAAUAAAUUUUUGGAAAGAUUAUAUCAUUUAGAUAGAAUUGGAUAUGAGGGAAUUAUAAAAUCAAUUAUGGUGUCAUUAUAUGAAUUUUAUAAGAAUCCAAUCUUCUCUCCUAAUUAUCCAUUUGAUCCAAAUGCCUUAAAGUAUAAAAAUGAUUUAUUAACUCUUUUACAGACAGUAUCAAAGUUCAAUAUAGAUAAUUGUUUAGAUUUAUUUAUUGGUAGAAUUAAUGUAAUUAAAUAUAUGUAUUUUUUAGAGUAAGGAUUCCAUAGAGAGAGUAUCAUGUCUAUGGAUUUGCAAUUUCAUUUUGUCCAGAAAUUUCAAGUAGAUUUCUGAACCAUACAAAAGAUAAUUAGUUUUAUAAUUAUUAAAUUUAUAAUUUGAAUAAGAUUGUGAAGUAAGAUAUGCUAUUUGUGAAAUUAUUUUACAAAUAUACUACAAACUUAAAGAUGAAGAAUUACCAAUUAAUUAAACUUAUUUGGAUGUUAAAGCCUUACUCUUUUAUUUAUUUAAUUAAGUAUCAAUACAUGAUAAAGAAUUGGAAGAAUAUGGAAAAUAAAGGGCAGCUCCAUUUGAAACUACUUUAGAAGUAAGAUUCAAAUUUAUAUUUUGAAAGCUAUUGAAGAGUAGAGCAUAAAAGAUAUUGACAACACUUUCCUAAGAUAAUUAUUUUUAUGAUUUAUUAUGGCCAAUGGGAUUGGAAAUUAUUAAUAAUUAAAAGUUUUCACCAGGAUUAUCUCAUAUAUUUAAAUGUUAUACAUAGAUCUUAUAAAAAUUAAAUAUUAUAACAAAUAAUUCACCUGUUGGUUAACAUGUUAUAGUUGUGAGAAUGUUACUACUAAUUUAGAUUCCAUAUUUCUUUCCUAAUUUAGGAUUUGAAGCUGUUAGCUUUUUACCACAUUUAAUAAAGACAUUUGAUUUAAAGGUUCCAAGUAGUUUCCAUUAAAAUGUAGAAACUUUAAAAUAAUAUUUGAUAAAUAAAAAACAUUUAGAUGAAUUUUAUGAAGAGAAGGUAUAAUAAAUUUGGAAAGUUUGUUUAUCAUUAUUUAUAUAAAAUAAAGAACUCUCUUAAAUAGAAGAAGAUUUCUAGGUUUAAUUAAGCAUGUAUUUAAAUUCACAAGCUUUAAGAUUACCAAUAAUGAAAAUGUAAGCUACUUUAAUGAGUUUUCUCACUAAUUAAGAAACAAUUAAAUAUAAUUUAGAUAAAUUAUUUAGUAUUUGUCAUUAAGAAUAUACAAAUCAAGCUUUAAAUCUUAAUGUUCCAAUUUAAGAGCCAGAUUUUAAUCUUCGAUUGUGUGUAGCUGAAUGUUUUGGUUAUAUAGGAGAAAGACACACUUAAUUAGUUUUAGAUAAAGUUAAGUCAAUUUUAAAUUGUGAAGUAAUUCAAAAGAAGAAUACAGGUUCUUUUAAAGAAAGUGUUUUAUCAAUAUUUUAAAAAAGUGGCAGUGAUGAAUAUUUGGCUUCAUUCAGAGCUACAUUACUUAUAGCUUAUGGUUGUUUAGCAAAGUAGGUUUCUUUAGAAAUAUUGGAAAAGAAUAUCUUACCAAAUGUUAUGCCAUUUAUUGGACAUGAAUAAUUGUUUAACUCUCUUUAGAUAUCUUUAGAAUCUAUAAGUAAAGCUAUUGAGAGAUCAAUUGAAAACACUGAUGAAGCAGCUGCAUCAUCAUUUUUAUUAAGUUAUUAGAAAUAUAGAGAUUAAGUAUUGAAUCAUUGUUAAAAAAAUAUCAAUCGAGGAAAUAUAUUCAGAAAUCUUAAUACAAUUAAUUUAUAAUAUCGUUUGGCACCUAUAGAGUAUAAUAAGGUUAAAUAAUUAUUGAGUUAACAUUUGGAUUAGAAAUAUGAUUUAUCAAUUGAAUAAGUAAAUAUUACUUUUUAAAAUUGUUUUUUGUUAUUUUUGGGAACAAUUAAAUUAGAAGAAGAUUCUUAAACUAUUUCAGUUUGGCAAUCUUUAUUAUAUUUAAUAAAAUCAAUAAAGGAUAAUGAUUAAUUAAUAGAAAUAUUAUAGAAAAGUAUAUAAAGAGUAAAAUUAAAAAUGGAAUAAAAUCAUAAAAAUUAUUUUAAGGUUAUUUUAACUUUACUUUCUAUAUUAUAUCGUAAUACAAAUGCAAAAAGAUCAGUUGUUUUAAUAUUAGAAAAAGUAAUGUUAUCUUUGGGAGUAUAUUUAGAUAUAUAUUAAAAAACUGAUGAAGAAUUUAACUCUUAAUUAAUAAAAUCAUUAAGAGAGAAAUUACAUCAUAAUGAAUUAACAAUCUUAAUGUAAGAAUUAUAGAAUCUAAUUAAUGAACCAAUAGUUGAAUCAUUACAUGGAUUUGUAUCUCUUAUUCAAUGCAUUUAUCAAAGUGAUUAUGCAGAUUUAAAUAAAGUUUUAUUUCUAUUAUAAUCUAUUAGUUAAUAAGGAACAGGAUCAUCCUCUGAAGAACUUAUGUAAUAUUAUAUAAAUAAAUAUAUAUAGAAAUUCUAAUCUCAUUAAAGCUAUGGAAUUAUUGGCUCAAAAUAAUUUGAGUGAUUCUUUAAAAAUUCUUUUAGAUAAUUAAUCAGAAUUUCCAAUGGGAAUGUUUCCAAAACUAUUUCUUAAUUGUGUAAGUUAGAAAAAAACAUUUAUGGUAUAAAGCUUUAAGUUUUUAACAGAUGUCUUAAAUAAUCCAGAAGGAAGUAAUCUAUUUUUUAUAAUUAUUUUUAGUUAUUACUGGAGAUAUUGGAAAUUAUUUAGUUAAUGCAUCAUUAUUUAUUGGAUAAUUAUUCAUUGACGAAAAUAAAAUUUUAUCAGAAAUGCUACCAAAAUCAAUGGCUAGCAUUUUAGGAACUUUUUUGCUUAGAUUUAUGACUUGUCAUGAUCCUAAGUUAUCAGGAUCAUCUUAAUCUGUAUAAACUGCUAUUUGGGCAUUUCAAAAUUUAUUGACUAUUUGUAAUAUUGAAGGAAUAUCAUAACAUGUUUUUAAGAAGUUGUUAAUAGAAGAGGAAGUAGAGGAUGGAGUUCAAGAGAUUGUUAUGAUUUAUUGUAAAGGGGCUUCAUUUCAAGAUUAAUAGAAACUCUUUAACUUUAUUGAAGGAUUUACUAAAAAGGAAUAAGCAUCAUAUAGAUUAGGAGCAAUAGUUGUUAUUAAUUAAUUUAUUAGAAGUUAUAAGAAAGAAUAUGCUUAAUAGAAUGUUUAUGAGAAUCUAUUGAAAACACUUUUAGAAUCAGCUGAGGAUGAUAGUGAUAAUGUAAGAGCUUAAGUAGCAUUUGGAUUGGGAGGAUUAUCAUAUUAUUUAAAAGCUGAUGAGACAAUUGAAAAAGAUUUAUUAUAAGAGAUUAUUGAAUGUCUUAUAAAUUUAUUAGAUGAUUAAUAAGAAAUUUGUGUUAGAAGUGCUAUGAUAAGUUUAUAGAAUUUAAUUGAUUCUACAACUGAUUUUGUAGUAUAUAUUCCUUAAUUGAUAUUUACAACAACAUCAAAUUUUGAGAAAACUAUGACUAAAAUUAGAAUUUCAGCAUUUUCCCUAUUCUCAAAAUUAUGUAAUACUUGUUUUGUAGAGGAAAUAAUGAAUGAAUAAAUAAUGUCUUAUUUAAGAUAGGCAUUAGUAUCUGUGAUGCUUCAUUUAUUAGAUGAGAGUGUUUAAGUUAGAUAAGUGUGCAAGUUAGCUUUGGAACCAAUAGGAAAUUUACUUAAAACACCAAUAUUAAAGUAUAAAAUUAUAUAUAUUAAAGAUAAUUGUCCAAUAAUGAAAUGGAGAGUGAUCUUGAAAUGAGUCAUUUGGAAGAAAAUGAAAAAAUAAUUAUGAUAAUGAGUAUAAAUUUAGAAUAAGAACAUUUGAAUGUAUUAUUAAUAAAUUAUUUUAAUUAUUAGAUCUACAUUAAAACAUUGAUUGAGUUUUGCAAAAGUCCAGAACAUAAUAUCAAAGGAGCUGCCUUAUUUAGUUUGAUUAUAUUAUUGGCCUUUAGAGAAGUAGGAGAUUAUAGACCAUAAAUUGAAUAAUUAUGCAAAGAUAACAGUAAAGCAAAGUUAAUCACAAAAUAAUUAGUGAUGAAGGCAGCGUACUAUUUAUGA